AAAACUCAUAGACACUAAUAAAAAAAUGCAAAAUUUUCUGAGAAAACAAUAAUAUCAAUUGCUCCUCCUCCAAGUACAGUACUUUUGCCCAAAUUAUAAGUAUACUGGUCUUUUAUUUCUUUCAGCAAAUCUCCACCCCUUACUCUCACUCACUCACUCUGGUCACUAUCUUAUGAACCCUAGAACAUGAAAAAACAAAGCUGAAAACAAUAACUUUGGAUCUGCAAAGCCAAAGGGUCAAGCACACUCAAGUUGUUCUAGCUAGCUUCCUCAUCUCCAUGGAUUCAAUUCAAGAAUUUAUGGAGUCAUGUAACUCUCAUGACAACACCAACUGCAGCCUCAGCAACACCACCAGCAACAGCUUAAUUGUUGGUGGCUCCUCCCCUUCUGCUUCUGUCACCACCACUAGCAGCCGCUAUGAGAAUCAGAAACGCCGUGACUGGAACACUUUUGGCCAAUACCUCAAGAAUCACCGCCCUCCUCUCUCCCUGUCUAGAUGCAGUGGUGCACAUGUUCUUGAAUUUCUCCGGUAUCUGGACCAAUUUGGAAAGACCAAAGUCCACACUCCGAUGUGUCCUUUCUAUGGGCAUCCAAACCCUCCAGCUCCAUGUCCAUGUCCCCUUCGCCAAGCUUGGGGGAGCCUCGAUGCUCUCAUAGGUCGCCUGAGGGCAGCUUUUGAGGAAAAUGGAGGGAAGCCUGAGACAAAUCCAUUCGGAGCGCGAGCGGUGAGGCUCUACCUUCGUGAGGUUCGUGAUCUGCAGUCCAAAGCAAGAGGGAUCAGUUAUGAGAAGAAGAAGAGGAAGCGUCCACACCCACAGCAGCAGCAGCAACAACAGCAACCACUUCAAGUACUUCCACAUCAUCAUCACCAGCUUCAGCUUCCACCUCCAGGUGCAAGUAUUCGUCAUCAGUAAGUUAACCUAUUACUCUCAUUCCAUGGAAGAAAAAGCUCUACUCUCUUCCAAAACCAUGACUUGGCCCUUCAAGUGAGUCUGGUGCACGGUUCUGACACAUUCACACUUCACUAUCUUUUCCAUUCACAUUUUCCAUCUAUUUAUCACUACUUUUCCUACCAGAUCAUCUAUCAUAUCAUUUAUUUCCCUAUCUUCUAUUCCUAUAUAUAUCAUCAGGUGUGAGUGGAAAUGAGUUGUCAGUGAAGCUUUGUCUAGUUCAUGGAUUGAGGGUCUUUCUCUAAUUUUAGUAGUAUAUUUAGGGUUUUCUAUUUUCUCCCUCACUUUCUCCUGGAUAUGACUUCUGAAAGAUUUCUGGUCCAUGUAGACUGGCUUUUGUUGUUUUGCUAUAUCCAGGUUGGUAUGGCAGAAACAAAUGGUUAAAGAUCUGGGAUAUGUUAUGUUAUGAAUCUGCUUUUAAUUAAUAACAACAGUGUGGUUACUGCCUUACUGGUAGUGAACUUCUGGUGGGAGCACCUGAAAAGUGAAUGUACAUGGAGGCCAUUAUCCUUGUGAGGAACCAAAAGCAAUGCAUCAUUAUUAUUAGUUCUAUACUUCUAUUCUAUAUGAAUGUACUUGCAGCUAUAUUUCCUAGUUCAACUCUACAUGUAUGUUCUUCAAGCUUAGACUUGCUCAAUGCUGAUUAUAUAUUCUGCCUCAGAUCAUUCUCACCUUUUGAUUUU